CCACUUAAAAACCCUAAAAAUAUAAUAAAACAAAAAGGGAUGAGAAUGAGAGAAUAAGCGCAAAGCAAACAAAGUAGUAAAGCCUCUUCUUGCUUUCCUCUCCUCCAUCAUCCUAGCUCCUCUUUUUCCUUUACUUUCUUCGAUCUCUGGUAUUCCCCUUAGUGCGAUUCUACCUCCACCUUCUCCCUAAAGACCCAUCAAACUUUACAAAAAAGAAAAAAAAAACAAAAGGAUUGAAGAGCACCAUGGUUUUCUCUUCUAUUCCGGUCUAUUUAGAUCCUCCCAAUUGGCAGCAGCAACAACAAAAUCAACACCAAGCAAAUGGAAGUAACAGUCCUCAUGAGCUGCUUCCGCCGCUGCCUCAGCCGCCACAGGCCCCUCACGUGGGGGUUGAAUCCGAGCAAAUCCGGUCCGGUCUGAUGGCGGAUCGGGCCAAGAUUCCGGCACCGGAAGGAGUUCUGAAGUGUCCUCGGUGUGAAUCCACCAACACAAAGUUUUGCUACUUCAACAAUUACAGCCUCUCUCAGCCAAGGCACUUCUGCAAGACAUGUAGGCGUUAUUGGACAAGAGGUGGUGCUCUCAGGAACGUUCCUGUUGGUGGAGGAUGCCGUAGGAACAAAAAGAACAAAAGGUCUCGCUCCAAAUCUCCGGUUUCUACUGAGAAACCAUCACUUCCCAAUAAUACAAGUGCAAUCCCUGAGCUUAUUGGUCGUUUCCCACAACCUUUCAUGGCCUCUCUUCAGAGUAUGAACCGCUAUGGUGUAGGGAUUAACACAGGUGUUAACUUGCGUGAGAUUCAAGCACAGAACGCUUCUCAAAUGGAGUUUCAAAUUGGAGGUCUUGGCAAUGGUUCAAGUGUUGCUACUGCAGGAGGAGGAGGAGGAGGAGGAGGAGUGGAGCAGUGGCGGUUUCAGCAGUUUCCUUUCUUGAAUGGUUUUGAGUCAACUUCAGCUGCUUCUAAUUCCUACCCUUUUCAAAGUGAAAUUGUUGAAGGUUUGGUUGGAGAUAUUAAUGCCACAAGUUCUAGGAUUACUCAGCUGCCAGCACGGGUUAAAAUGGAAUAUAACGGUGGCUUGAAUUUGUCAAGAUCUCCUUUGAAUGUCUCAGAAAAUAGUAACCAUUGCUAUUCAUGGACGGAUUUAUCUGGUCUUGCAUCUUCUUCAGCGAGUCAUCUCUUGUAACUUUGACCUCUCAUAUGGGUUAGUAGCCACAAAAAUUUAAGGGUUUUGGUGCUGUUAUUUUUUGAUCAAUAAUUGAAUGAGUUUCCAUUUUAUGAAGCUCUCUCUCUCCCUUUCUCUUGGCAUGUUUAAACUCAUUUAUUUAUCGAUCCAAAAAAUAUUUGUACCAAUAAACUCUUAGAUUUAUAUAUCCGGGUUAGAAUGACAGCUCUCCAAUGUCGUUCCACCGUCUUCACGCGUCAGUGUUGUUAACAGAAAUCCAAUCAGGCUGGUAGAAUUUAAUCUUCAAUUGUAUAUUUUUCUUAUCAUUGGUUUGUUUAUGUUUUUGCAUCGAGUCAAGUUUCUUUUGUGUUCUUUUUGGCUUUCUUUGAACAACAGUGUGUGCAUGUAUUAUGUUUUGUUUGUUUAUGCGAUAUCAUUUGGGCAA